ACUCCAUACUGGAAACUAGGGACGGCUGCGUUCUCUAACCUUCUCUAUUGUGCUAUUUCCUGAUAGCACAGCAGCUAGAAAACAACAAGCAUUUAAUCACUUUUCAGAGGGUUCCAUGCAUUAUUAUUGAUCUUGCACUCAUUUCAUCUUUAAAGAAGACUCCAAGAAAUUUGGGCGAUGACAGAUCAAGCCAACAGACUGCGUAAGCAGUUAGAAUCAGCUAAUUUCGACCCGCAAAAUUAUGUCAAGCAACUCUCACAACAAUCUGAUGGCGAUAGAGAUUUGCAAGAACAUCGUCAAAAAAUACAGACCCUGGCAGAUGAAACUGCUCAAAACCUGAAGAAAAAUGUCUACAAGAAUUAUCGACAGUUCAUUGAAACUGCCAAAGAGAUUUCAUACUUGGAAAGUGAAAUGUACCAACUAAGUCAUAUUUUGACAGAGCAGAAGAGUAUAAUGGAGAGCAUUACCCAAUCUUUGCUCUCUACAGACAAGGAUGAAACGGCAAAAGAAAUGCUGGCAGCGUUUCCUAAAGAGACCGAGGAAGUUAAACAGAGAACGCUGACUACACUGUUGGAGAAAGUAGAGGGAUGCAAAAACAUCAUGGACACCCCAGGAAGGUAUUUAGUAUAUAAUGGUGACUUGGUAGAAUAUGAUGUGGACAACAUGGCACAACUUCAAAAAGUGCAUGCUUUCUUGAUGAAUGACUGCCUUCUCAUUGCCACCUGGUUAGCGAAUCGCCGUGGUACAGUGAAGUACAAAUACAAUGCACUCUAUGAUCUGGAGAGCUUUGCCAUUGUGAACGUAAAGGACCACCCCCCAAUGAAGGACAUGUUCAAAAUCCUGAUGUCCCCCGAAAGCCGCAUUUUUCAGGCAGAGAACAGCAAGAUCAAAAAAGAGUGGCUGGAGAUCCUUGACGAGACCAAGAAAAACAAAGCUACAAAGGAAAAACAUAAGAAGGAAGAGAUAGAGGUGCCAAACUCACCUGUCAGACCAGAGGCCUCGCUCUCAACCAACCCUUUUGAUGAGGAAGAGACCAACCCUUUUGAAUCUGAGGAGGCAGUAGAUCUGAGCCUGGAGUGGAUCCAGGAGCUUCCAGAGGACCUGGAUGUGUGCAUUGCCCAACGGGACUUUGAAGGCGCAGUAGACCUCCUGGAUAAGCUGAAUGAGUACCUCAAGGACCAGCCUGUUAGUUUGAGGGUGAAGGAGCUCAGGGUGAAGGUGGAUGAACGUAUCCGUCAGCUCACAGAGGUGCUGGUAUUUGAGCUCUCUCCUGACCGUUCCCUCCGUGGGGGACCCAAAGCAACCCGCCGGGCUGUGUCUCAGUUAAUCCGGCUGGGCCAGUCCACCAAGGCUUGUGAGCUCUUCCUGAAGAACCGAGCCGCUGCUGUGCAGACAGCAAUUCGCCAGUUGCGUAUUGAGGGGGCUACUCUGCUCUACAUACACAAGCUCUGCAACAUUUUCUUCACUAGCUUGCUAGAGACAGCCAAAGAGUUUGAAAUGGACUUUGCAGGGAACACAGGCUGCUACUCAGCAUUUGUGGUCUGGUCACGCUCAUCCAUGAAGAUGUUUGUGGAUGCCUUCAGUGGGCAGGUAUUUGACAGCAAGGAGAGCCUCUCCACCGCCGCUGAGUGUGUCAAGGUGGCCAAGGAACACUGCAAGCAGCUCAGUGAGAUCGGCCUGGACCUUACCUUCACACUGCAGUCCCUGUUGGUCAAAGACAUCAAGGCAGCGCUGCAGAGCUACAAGGAGAUCAUCAUUGAGGCCACUAAGCACCGCAACUCUGAGGAGAUGUGGAGGAAGAUGAACCUGAUGACUCCAGAGUCUUUGACCAAGCUGAAGGAGGAGAUGCGCAGCUGUGGCAUUAGCAGCUUCGACCAGUAUACAGGUGACGACUGCUGGGUUAACCUCAGCUACACCAUCGUGGCCUUCACCAAACAGAUGAUGGCUUUUCUGGAGGAGGGCCUGAAGCUUUACUUCCCAGAGCUGCACAUGGUGCUGCUGGAGAGCCUGAGGGAGAUCAUCCUUGUGGCUGUGCAGCAUGUGGAUUACAGCCUGCGGUGUGAACAGGAGCCGGAAAAGAAAGCUUUCAUCCUCCAAAAUGCCUCUUUCCUGCAUGACACUGUCCUACCCGUGGUGGAGAAGAGGUUUGAGGAAGGAGUAGGGAAGCCGGCUAAGCAGUUACAGGACUUGAGGAAGAGUACGCGGCCAGUUCGUGUGAAUCCAGAUAGCACAAUGUCCCAGGUCUAGUGGAUGGAUGAGAACCUUUUAUGAGCAGCACUUUUGGUUGUUACUGAUGCCACUUUGGAUGCCAACUUAAAACCUUUGGCCAGAAUUGAUUAAGUCUAAUCUGCCAUGUCAUAAAGGCUGUUCUGUGAUGAGUCUUUCUGUUGAUUGAUGUUGAAGACAAUGACAUAGAGAUAGUUGGUGUUUUCUCAUUUCCCACGUUCUUUCCUGUUCCUGAUUGUAUGGGUUACAGCACUGCGAUUCGGAUUGCUGAUUCAAUCGGGUCACUGAUUCAUCAAGCCUUGUAUUAACCUAGUACUUUGAAGAAUGUUAUUGAUUUCAACAACAGGGCAUGUCACACAUUAUCAAACAAAUUAUCUUGCAGAAUAAAGUGUAUGCAUUACAACCAUUUUGUCUGGUUAUUAUAAAAUUGUUAAAGGUGUAAAAUGUAAAAGAAUUUCAAAGACAUUAUGCUUAAUUGAAAACAAAUGUCACCCUCCCUGCUCCAUAACAUAGAGAUAUACUGUAUGCUUGACAUUUUGGUUUAGUCCACCAGUUUUAUAAAGCUGUAAAAACAAUAUUUUAAUAUAGGAAUACCAAAAAAUGUAUAUUGUGAAAUGCCUUCAUUGCCCUACUAUGCUCUAUUAUGUGCAUAUUCUAAAUUGCAAAAACGAACUUGUAAUUUCAUUUGUAGUCACUAAAAUAAACUGUUUGAUUAGCUUGCUGCAAGAAAA